AUGUCAGGAGCAAACUGUGAAAGUUUCAAAACAGCUCUCAACACCGACGAAACAUUAACUCUCCACAACAAAAACACCAACGAGAUCGAUACUGCCUUAGAAACCUGGUAUUCGAAAAUCACAAUAGCCAUGAAAAAUAACAUCCCAAAAACAACAUACCGCACACUACCACAUGCACAACUAACACACGAAGAAAAAAUCAUCCAAACCAGGUUCACCAACCUACAUGAAUUUAUAAAAACAUAUGGCUGGAGCCCACACAUCACUGCAUUAUAUAGAAACCUUAAAGAAGAACUACUGGAGAGAUGCAAAGUAAAACACGACGAGAAAUGGAACCAGCUAAUAGCCAACAUACAGGCAGACUACAGAAACCCAAAAGCCUUUUGGACUAAAAUAAAAAAUCUCAUGGGAACCAACUCAGAGGAGAGCAGCUACCUUAUAGACAACAAUGGCAAGAAGAUUACAGAACCUAAACUCAAGGAACCAAUAUUCAGAACAUUCUGGAGCAGCAUCUACCAAAUCACGGAUCAGGACAACCGAAACUUCUGCAGAGAAACAGAACACGUGGUUGAAACACACUUGAACCAAAACACAGACAAAUGGCAACAAUCCAGGACAAUCAACCUCAACACGAAAAACCGAGGCACCAACACUGCAAUAGCCCUAAUAUAUGAAGCCAUCGCAAAUGCAGCCACCAACAGAAAUCAAUGUAACAUAGUUCUCAGAGAUGUCAGCAAAGCCUUCGACAAAGUAUGGCAUGAAGGGCUCAAAUACAAGAUCAUUCAACUCAACAUGCCACCCAACAUCACGGCUCUCCUCUGCAAUUUCCUUGACAACAGACAAGGCAAACUCAUCAUCGACAACUAUACAGAUCCACUAGAACAAAUCGUCUGUGACUUCUUGAACGAUUGCACGGCACAAUUACAAAUCGGCAGCUAUAUAAGACCACCCAUAGAACUGGAAAGUGGAGUACCCCAAG